AUUUUAUGAGAGUCGACAUAAAGAAAAAUGCGAUUGACUUUAUGACGCUCUCAACGAAUUGGAAAAAUGAUAAAUAAUAUAGACGAUAGGCUUAUCUUCAUCAGGUUUUAUCUAUAAUCUAAAAAACACAAUAUAUUUACGAUUCUUGUAUACACACACAAACAAGUAUAUGAGUUGAAACCUUCACGAUCGAAAACAUACCUGUCCAAUGUGACACGAUAGCCGAGAGAAGGAGGGUCAAUAAGGGUAACGAUAAGGAUGAGUAAUAUAUGACUUGACUGUAUAUAUCGAACGAAAAUACUCGAUGUGAGGAAAAAUUUCGGAGGAUCCGAUGUCAGUGUUAAAUCGUACAAAUAAGGGAACACUCGUCCACCUUGAUAAAGUUCGCAAACAUGGUACGUCGAUACAUUUGUUAUUACGAUAAAAGAGCUUAUGAAAUUUUCUUUUUCGCUCUCUCUUUCGCUCUCUUUCUCUGUCUCUCGUUGUAUUGAUUCAAACAACUCUUAUUUGCAGUUGAUUCGUGAGUUUGCCCUCAUAACAUUAAUAUUUCUGCCUUCAUUAUCGAGUAAUGAUUGUCAAUGGUGUCGCGCUGUCGAAUUUUGGAGCAGCGUCAUAUGUUCUGUGGAAAAUUCUAAAAUCGUCCACUUUCACGGCGUUGAUAACAAUAGGAGCUCUAUCCUUUUAGAACCAUGCUUUGAGACUUUCGUACGCAGCAUCGAGCGUAAAUGCGCGAUAACGACUAUAUUGAGGACUUACACGUUUCCUGACUCGGAAAACACAUCUUUUGUCGAUAAUAAUGACGUAACUCACGAGAUCGCGAAACGGCCAUCGAUUUGGAAGAUUAAUACAUCCGACGAUGAAUUUCCCUUUCGAGUAACGUCCGCGAAAAUUGAAAGGAUUCAAAACAAUAAAGCUUUUGGAGAGGACACGUGGAAUGUACACGUGAUUCUUCCGAAGAACAUCCACGCUUUCGAUCAAAUUUCAAAAGAUGGUUCGAGGUUUGAAUGGAAACCGCACGAUCGAUUUAUCGUACUGAUUGCUUGCCGAGAGGAAGUACUAAACAAGUCGAAGCUUGAUGGAAUUUUAAAGACAUUAUGGACCAAACAUAAAGUGCAAGGCAUCUUGGUUGCCGAGACGAUCGCUGUCGUAAAUGACACUCAAACUGAUCGAGCUAUUCGCUCUUACAAUCCGUUCGCUAAAGUCAACGAUUCUGCGUAUGGUCAAAUCGAAAUUAUAAAUGUAAAAACGGCAGAACAGGCGUCGAAUCUGAUAUCUCAUUUCACUUACUACCGAACAAAUAAUAUGAAUGGAUACGAAUUGAAAAUGGGUUUAUUCUCUCCUGCACAAGAGGCAAGUGAACAGGCGAAAGUUGUACUAAGUAAAUAUGACAAUAAUACCGAUGUUUUCCAAGGACUUGACGAAAUAAUACUGGAUACGAUAGCUCAACGUAUGAAUUUCACAACAAGAUCGAUAUAUCCAACAGAUAAUAAAUCCUUCGGUCGUCAGUUAUCCAAUGGGACGUACGUUGGUGCUAUAGGCGAUGUAAUGUAUGGUAGAACGGACAUCUGCUUCGAGUCCUUUUUCGUAAAGAAAUACAGCAAUAAUGCUGAAGAGGACAUAAACUUCAGCGUAUAUAUAGACUUCGACAAGAUAUGCGUAAUUGUUCCUAAAGCGAUGAAGAUACCCAAGGGGCUUCGACUAUAUUACUUCUUUCCGCGCUCGGUUUGGAUCUGUUCAAUAUUGGUGCAGGUCUUUGUGUAUAUAACAUGGUAUUUUCUGCAGACCUUCAUUCCAACAAAAAUGAAAAAAGUAAGUCUCUGGACAACGAUCUACCGAUUGAUUUUAUUAAACGCCGGUUGCCCCCAAAAAUUGCCAAACACGAAUGCUGAAAGAAUAUUACUGUCGGGCAUUCUUCUCGCCAACAUCACUAUGACUGGUCUCUUCAGUGGUAUUUUAUACAACAGUUUCGCGCAUGACAUGUAUUACCCGGACAUUGAGAAUCUUCGCGAUCUCGACGCUUCGGGAUUGGUGAUAUCAUUGGCCUCUAUCGCUCUAACUGACCUCUUUGACGAUGAUAACAAUUCGACAAUCAUGCGAAACUUGCGAGGUAAAUUACGAUACGGCGAAAACGCCGUCGCCAUAGACGACGCGGCUUAUUACCGAAAUGGUUCGGGAUUUAUCAAGGAAAAUAAUUUCCCCGGUCUCAACGCGAAAUACAUCGAUGUGGACGGUGGACCGUUGCUUCAUCUUGUCAAAGAGUGUCCAGGUGCAUUCUUCUUAUCGUAUUUGCUGCCCAAACAUUCGAUUCUGCAGCAGGGAAUAAAUGCGUGGAUUGGUCGAUUGAAUCAAGGUGGUUUAACACUCUUGUGGAGCAAACAGGACAUUGAAAGUUACACUAGUCAACAAAAGGCACUGACUAAACGAAAAAAACUAACUGAGAACGAAAAGGAAAUGAGUGACUUCGUGCCAUUCAGUCUAUCCGAUGUGCAGUCAUCGUUUUACAUGCUGCUGAUAGGGCUAUUGGUAUCUGCGAUAGUAUUUUUGCACGAGAAAGGCUGGCUGAAAGGCCGAUCGUUAUCGCGCACCGAAAGAUCAAACUCGGAAUUUACGCGCUAGUCAUCAAACAUGGAUAAAGCCACGCCUUUUUCCUUCUCUUUUUAGUUCUCCUUUCUUCCGCGAAAUUUCUUUUUCCAUGAACAAAAUUGCAAGAGUAUGCAGGCGGAGUACAAAAGAUAUGAAGAAAGCAGAAGUUCUCUUCUUUCACGCUCCUGUUUCCUUCCGCACAUUCCAAUUCCCCCAAUUACAAGCAAAUUAUUAUAGUAAAUCUCAAUGAAUCCAGUAGCAAUCUGAUCUAAUAGCAGUUUCGUCUUUGUAUUCUGCAAAUAUAAAAUGUGAUAUAACACAAUAUAACACAAGAUAUAGGGCGUUACAGUGCUAACAUUUUUAUAUCAACAUCAUUAUUACAUACACGCUAUAAACAAACGUGUUGUAAUACCGAAUAAAGGUAUAUAAUCGAUCGGUGAUUAUGAAAAAAAGAAAGAUCGAAAUAAAGAUGAAAUUGUACCCACACAUUUAUAUAUACUGUUUUUACAUUAGUUAUCCUUAAUCAUAUUAGCACAUAUAUCUUAUAACAUGAACCGAACGCGCACAUUUGUUUCAUGGGUAUAUUCAGGAUGGAUAGAUAUACACACACCAUUAUGGACCAUCGACGUCCUGCGCGCAGGCUCUUUCACAACAUCAGAGGAAAACGUCGAGAGGGAGUGAAGGAUGCUCGUGAAUUUUCGCCAAUAACAUCGUCAGUAGCGUGACUAUCCACCGGCUGGAUUUACUCGUGGUAGUGUAACCUGUUGCCGUGGGAAAUCUCGGACGACAAAUGCUAUAAAGUGCUUAGUUACUAAUGGUAUAAUGUUCACAUUCGAUUUAUUCGACGCAUUAUAUGUAUUCUGAUUUUUUUCGAAAAAUGAGCGAAAAAGAGAUACUUUUCUGAAGAAAUAAGUAACCCAGCAAGAUAUAUUUACUCAGCAAAAAUGGGGAUUGUUGUAAUAUCACUCAUCUCGAUUUAAUUAAAUUCUGACGAAAA